AUGUCCCCAGCCGCCGCAGUCGAACAGUCAAUGCCGGAAUUGGCGCCGCCACCUACCAAUUCCAUCCCGCACAGCUCUGGCCCUUCCCGCCCUCCUUUCGCCAACCUCAGAGGUGUUCAAUGGCGAAUGGAUCUCGGGAUUCUGCCUUCUCCUCCUCCGCCGUCUUCAUCUCCCUCUUCCUCUGUUCCCUCCUGGACAAUUGAUGUUCUCCGCCGAGUCACUGCCGAUUCUCGCAGAAGAUAUGCAAGUUUGCGAAGAAAGCUAUUGGUUGAUCCACAUAUGCCAAAGGAUGGAAGUAAUUCUCCUAAUGUUGUUAUUGACAAUCCACUAUCCCAGAACCCUGAUAGCACCUGGGGGCGUUUCUUUCGGAAUGCUGAACUGGAAAAAACAGUUGACCAGGAUCUUUCACGUUUAUAUCCAGAACAUGGGAGUUAUUUUCAGACACCUGGAUGUCAAGGAAUGUUGAGGCGCAUUCUAUUGAUGUGGUGCCUCAGGCAUCCCGAGUGUGGUUAUAGACAAGGAAUGCAUGAGCUUUUGGCUCCUCUGUUAUAUGUUCUUCAUGUCGACGUGAAACGUCUCUGUGAAGUGCGAACGCAGUAUGAAGACUACUUUACAGACAAGUUUGAUGGCAUAUCUCAUGGAGACAACCUCUCCUACAAUUUUGAUUUCAAAAAAAUAAUGGACAGCAUGGAAGAGGAGAAUGACAUCCGAGGGAAUACUGUUAAAGUUACAAGUCUUGAGGAGCUUGAUACCGAGAUUCAGACAAUUAUAUAUCUCAGUGAUGCUUAUGGCGCAGAGGGUGAACUGGGAAUUGUUUUGUCUGAGAAGUUUAUGGAACAUGAUGCCUACUGCAUGUUUGAUGCUUUGAUGAGUGGGGCUCAAGGUUCAGUCGCAAUAACUGAUUUCUUCUCCAUUUCCCCUGUGGGCGGAUCCUUCUCUGGCUUACCUCCUGUCAUUGAAGCUUCCACGGCACUCUACCAUUUGCUCUCUGUAGUUGAUUCAUCUUUGCACAGUCAUCUUGUGGAGCUCGGUGUUGAACCACAAUACUUUUCACUCCGUUGGUUGAGAGUUUUAUUUGGAAGAGAAUUUGCCCUUGAAGAUCUCUUGUUAAUAUGGGAUGAAAUAUUUGCAGCCGAUAAUAAAAAGCUGUGCAGUAGUGCUGGUGGAGAAGAAACCUUGUGCUUUAAUGUGUUCAGCUCUUCUCGGGGAGCAUUGAUUUCAGGUAUGGCAGUUGCAAUGAUACUUCAUUUGAGAUCUUCCUUGCUUGCUACAGAGAAUGCUACUACAUGUCUCCAAAGACUGCUGAAUUUUCCUGAGAGUGUAGACCUCGUAAAACUGAUAGAAAAAGCCAAGUCCUUACAGUCCCUUGCUUUGGAUUUCCAUCUUAUAUGCCCCUCCCCUUCGUUCGGUGUGGAUUACACUCAUACUAAACCCAAAGUGAUCAGAAGCCACACUCUUUCAUCUGACUCUCUAUCUUCAGUAACUCCUUUGAACAAGGUGCCAGACAGCUAUUGGGAGGAUAAAUGGAGAGUUCUGCACAAAGCAGAUGAAGUCAAGCAUAACAGUCUGGCAAAGCAAAACAAAACCCUAACCCAGAAAAAGGGCUGGUCAGAGAAGCUGAGGAUCACUCUAUCUAGAACUGAAUCGGAUCCAUCUCCAACAAAAGCCGAGAGUCACAAGAAGGGGCAACAUAAGUCUUCUGUCAGACGGAGUCUGCUUAAAGAUUUGUCCAAGGAACUGUGCAUGGAAGAAGAUGAUGUGAAUGUGGUCCACAUCACUGUUCCAAACCAGAAGGAAUGUCAACAUGCAGAAAUCGAGGCUGAAAAUAGUGUCAAUGUAAAUUUAAAUUGUUCAACCGAGGAGAGAUGCUUGGGAGACAAUAUUUGCAGCGAGGAAAACUCACCUGCUUUCUCAGACCCAUCUAGUCCUCACAGUGGUGCAAAUAAUCAAGAGAACGGCUCAGAGAAAAGUAGUGUUGGCUCAAAUUCAUCGAUUGAUGGAAAUGAUGUUCAUCCAGGGGAUGUUUCAGUAGUCCUUCCUGUGUCACUCCUUCCUGCUGAGAUCACUCUCGAUUCUGGGAGUAAAAAUGAGCGCACAGAAAAACCAUUGACUGGAACUAAGAAACUUCUUUCGAGUAAACUUCAGUGGUUUUGGAAGUUUGGACGGGGCUCCACUGGUGAAGAUGCAUCAGAGAAGGGACAGGAGAGGGCUGGUGCUGUGAAGCCUGCUGCUGAUGCAAAUGCAGAGGAUGAUGUGCUAGGUGCUUCUUCAGCCGAUGCAUCUUUUCACUCUUAUUCUAGUGCAAGAGGUGAUGUUGUAGACCAAAAUGUGAUGGGUACUCUGAGAAACCUUGGGCAGUCUAUGCUUGAACAUAUUCAGGUAAUUGAGUCUACUUUCCAGCAAGAUCGAGGUCAUUUUGGGUCAGCGGAGAGUUCUUCGAGAAAUGGUUUGGUUGGUAAAGGACAAGAAACGGCAGUGGCUGCUCUGAAGGAACUUAGGAAGAUUAGCAAUCUUCUGUCUGAGAUGUGA